AUGGAUAUCAAUAACGAGUUCACGGAAUGGGCUGUCGCUCGAGGAGUGCAACUCAACGGGAUUGCAACCCAUAGAUUUCCUGGUAGGGGACUGGGUAUCAUUGCGAAGCAGGAGCUUAAAGCUGGAGACACAAUACUGACUGUCCCCGUAUCUGCCCUACGAACAAUCCGAACCGUCCCAAAGAGCAUCUCUAAACCAAUCGGCAUUAUCACCGUUCAAGGUCUCCUGGCUGCCGAACUGACGAUGGACAUAUCCGAGGUUCGUGCCGCAUGGCGAGCAGUUCUACCAACCAAGGAGGACUUCGACGAGUCAAUACCAUUCAUGUGGCACCCUGCGCUCCAAGCACUGCUCCCAGCCGGAUCAUCAUCUCUCGUGGAAAAUCAAAAGAAGAAAAUCUCCGUCGACUGGGCCGCUGUCUCCACCGCCUUCCCCACUGUGUCCAACGCUUCAUAUUUAUAUUACUGGUUCAUAGUCAGCACCCGAACAUUCUAUUACACCUCCCCAAAAAUAAAAACACCAGUCGACCACUACGAUUGCUUGGCACUCGCACCAUUUGCCGAUUGUUUCAACCAUGCAGAUGUUGCCUCCAAAGUAACGUUCUCAACCUCUGGGUACGACAUCUGCACGGAUCGACGAAUCGAGAAGGGAGAGGAAAUAUACAUUAGUUAUGGGAAUCAUAGUAAUGAUUUCUUGCUUGCUGAAUAUGGAUUCAUUCUUGAUGAAAAUAAGUGGGAUGAGAUUUCCAUCGAUGAAGUUAUUUUAUCUCUGUUUACUGAAGAGCUGAAACAGCAGCUGAAGGAGGCAGGCUUUUUAGGUAACUUCGUAUUGGAUAGAGAGAAGGUUUGUUAUCGCACACAGGUUACGCUGAGAUUACUCUUCAUGCCGCCGAAUAGAUGGCAGUGUAUGCUGGCUGAUGGAUUAGAAGAUGAAGACGAACAUCAACUGGCCGUCAAUAAGAUUUUGGUGAAAGGUCUGAAGGCCUAUUUGGAUAUUGCUUAUGAAAGGCUUAAACAAGUAGAGUUGCUUGAUUGUGGGCUACCCAGCCAAAGACACACGCUGAACAGACGCUGGGAACAAAUAUGCCUUCUUCUAACCACUGCUAUAACUAGGAUAGAAAAUUGA